CUCACAUUUCCACUAUUUCACCGACUUAUGGACUAAACUGUUCCCAGAAAAAAGGGGGUCAAGGAGGAGGCUGCGUCGAGAGUAUAUUUUCCAGGAGAGCCUUCAACAUUGGGGAGGAUCAGACUGAUCCCACCGAGAAGCUGGACAAGGAGAUACAGCACUGGACAGGGGUCCAGCCAUCCAGGACACCAGCUGUGACGAAACAGAAGAAGGCAAACAGGACUGUGGGGUGGAGAGGUGGUGUUGGCUGGGAGAAACUGCGGAGAGCAAUUUGAAGUCACUACUCAAGAUGUUGACUAAGACAGAACAAUUGAAGGUAGCAGAUACUGACCACUGCAAGGAGUCACACAAAACUGUGACUGACAUGAGUGAAGCACCGGACAGCCGUGAGGAGAGAGACAGUUCGGCAAUGGACGAUGGCUGUAAUGCUGAGGAUUUUGGUCCGAGGACAAUGGCUGAUAAGGGGGGGGACAAACAGCCCCUUUCAAAUAGGCAUAGCAAUGAAUUUUCCAGACCGAAAAUGGAUGAUGAAUGUCCACAAAGCUCUAAGGGCAGAAGCAGCUUGAUGUUGGACGAACACUUAUCAAGGGACACAAUGGAGCUGAGUCAUAGUAAAAAGGAGUUGGAGGUGUUGGAGGCAAUCACAAAUUUGUUACUGAACAACAGAGAGGACAGUACUACUGUUCACUGGGUGGAGUGGUGCAAGACUGCUGUUGAUGAUCUUGAGGGACCUCAGCUGGACAAUGGUCUACCAUGUCAACCCUACACUAUAGAGACAGCAAAUGAUGUGCUGUACAGCUGUGAGGAGAGAGACAGUUUGCUGAUGGAUGAAGAGUGCGAUGAUGAGCAUUUCUCCUUGAGCACAAUGAGGAGUGUGAAAGGGAGGGGGUGCGUGCAGUCCGUUUUGAGCACACACAGCAACGAGAUCGUAAGACCCGAGUUCAGUGGACGAGCUGAAACGGAAUAUGAAAUUUUCGCGAGAGGGAAGGAAGAACAGCGCUGUAGAACAAGUACUACAGAUAGUGGAAAGGAUUCUGGCAGAGGAUCUAUGUACAGUUUAGACAGCAUUUAGGAAUGUGUCAGUGACAGAGCUGCUUAAUACAGCACAAU